UUCUCUUUUCUCUCACUUGUUCAUUUUAUCUACACGAGAACACUGGACGGACGAUAGAUAACCAUAUAUAUCUUCUUCAAAAACCAGAUAUCGAAUGAUUGAAUAGCUUCUCCAACCAGAGCUAUCGAGACGAGAACAACGUUAAUGGAGUCUGGAAGGAACUUGCUCGCUUCAGCACCGCCAUUUCCAGCGCGAAACAAUGUUAAGAAUUGCACUUCUUCAUCGUCCUCAGUUCUAAUGCUUCAUGAUCAAGCAGUUCCAGCUUUUAGUAAUGCAUCAUCCUCUUCUUCAUCACGUCACGAUGAGAAUAGAGCUUUCUUCCAAGAGUUGAAGGACAAUAGAGUCUCCCAUAUGCUAGAGAUGAGGAAAAAGAAUUAUAGGCCAUUGGAGGAUGAGGAAGAUGAGGAGGAUCAGUAUGUGAAGGAUUUUCAAAGCCAGUUGCUCAGUGCACCCGACUUUAUGCAUUUAUUGCAGUCGCAGGAAACACCUAAUUCAUCACCUUUGCGUAAUGAAACAAAGCAGGUCAAGGAUUUUGAGCCUGGUAAUGUAGUUGCACUUGCAAAAAAAGCUUUGUCAGCCUCCAAGCAAGCAGCAUUGUUAUGCGCGGAUUUGAAAUCAUAUGAAAUUGAUGCAGAAGUUGCUUUAUCUGAUGAUUCAAGUUUAUUAUCAGAAAGUUUGCCAGAGUUUCUACAGGGAGAGAAAGUGGUUAGAUCAACCCGCCUAUUAGAGAGGCGAUCUAAGAGACAGACUGUGUCAAAACCAAACAUCACCAACUCUUUGAAUGUGAAUCCAAGAAAAACGAGGGAAUCAUUUGACCCGAACGACGGCUUGAGGAGGUUCUUAUUGUGUCAAGACACUAAGCAACUUUUGACUCCAAAAGAGGAAUCUGAUUUGAUUGAUCAUAUACAGAAUUUAAUGAAACUAGAUGAAGUGAAAAGUAGACUACACACACAGUUCAACCGAGAUCCAACGCCUUCUGAAUGGGCUGAGGCCACUAAUCUUACAUCUCGGGAAUUGAAGUCAAUAAUUCAUUUGGGUAAUAGCAGCAGGGAGAGGAUAAUAUUAGCCAAUCUAAGAAUGGUGGUUCAUAUUGCUAAGCAGUAUCAGGGCCGUGGUCUCAACCUUCCCGAUUUGUUGCAGGAAGGGAGCAUGGGUCUUCUGAAAAGUGUUGAGAAGUUCAAGCCACAUAUAGGUUGCAGGUUUGCCAGUUAUGCAUACUGGUGGAUAAGGCAAUCAAUUAGGAAGGCCAUUUUUCAACACUCGAGAACGAUCAGACUGCCAGAUAACGUGUACGCGCUUCUGCACAAGGUAGCAGAAGCAAAGAGAUCUAUAGUUCGAGAAGGAAAUCAUCAGCCAACUAAAGAGGAGAUAGCAAUACGAUCUGGAAUUACAAUGGAUAAAUUAGACAGUUUAUUAUUUUCAUCGAGAAACCCUCUUUCGAUUCAACAAGCUAUAUGGACAGACCAAGAUGCUACAUUCCAGGAAGUCAUUGCAGACACUUCUAUCGAGACCCCAGAUGUGAGCGUGACGAAGCAGUUGAUGAGGCAACACGUUCAUCGACUUUUGGGCAGCCUAACACCUCGAGAGAGAAGGAUAGUUCGGUUAAGAUAUGGAGUUGGGGUGGAAAGCGAGAAACCAAGAUCGCUUCAGGAAAUUGGCGAUGGUCUAGGGUUGUCUAAGGAGAGGGUGCGACAGAUCGAGAGCAGAGCUUUCUAUAAGCUUAAGCAAAACCUGAGUGGCCAAGGGCUUGAUGUUUAUGCCAAUUUGGUAACAUAGAUAGAGACUUAUAUUUGUUAUUCCAAAUUUUAAUUACUUUCAAUUCAUUUGCUGA